AUGACAGACAUAGAAGCGACCGUCAUCAACACGCUCUGCAGAUGCAAGCAAGGUGAAAACAAAAAGGGUGAAGAUGGGAAGGUGCAGCCGCACAUGCCUGGUGAGACGGAUGUGGAGUACUUCCUGUGCGGAGAGCCGCCGGAGGAGCCCCUGCCUCCGGAAGAAGUCCCGCAGCUGCCGAGUCGACCUCGAGAGGGAUUGAUAACCUACUCCGCUGAGAUGGAUUUGCCAUUGACUGAGCCGCCGAUGAGGUCGGGCGAGGUCUGGCAUUUGUGCCAAGAGGAUGGCAAGAGCUUUGAAAAGGUCAUCCUGUCUAUCCAUUCAAAUGGGUUCUCGAUAAGAUACCCGGAUGACAACCAUCCAGCUAUGAGUAUAGCGUGGUCGCCAUUUUCCCUGGUACAAGCCUGUAGGCUUCACACGAUCCAGGCCGAUCAGUCGCAGCCGUGGUUACGUCUUUUCAAGGUUUCGGUGUUCCACCAUGGCAUCACCCAUUUUUUUGCCACACACGGCCCCAGCGCUGACACGGAACGUGCGCGGUGGGUGGCCGAUGUGUCGCGAGCUUUGCGGAUCCUGACGCAGUCUCUUUUCCCUUCGUUUCAGUUGGCUGUCUUCCCGUUGCCUGGAGCAAGCUGGACAUCUACCCGGCUCCUAGCAGGGUACAUGCUGCUCUACGAUGACCAGGGCGUAUCGCUGGUGUACGGUGAGCUCCACGCCCACUGCGACAACACUGCUGGUUUUGCUGCCUACGAGGAUGACGCCUGCAAAGUGCAAGUCGUUCACCUUGCCAUUGACACGAAUACCUGUGUCAGUGAGCGGGUGGGCAUUGACUGCAGCUGCUUCAGCCUUGGCGACCAUCACUUCUCCACAAGAACAUGUGCUGAGAAGAUGUUGUGGCUCCGCGCCAUCAGCAACGUGAAGGUGAAGCUCAGGCAUCUUGCAGCAACCCCCACGCCCAAUGAGCUGCGCUUUUACCGCGCAGCGGUCAGAGAGCAGAUCAACAGCCUUCCGCCAUCCCCAGAAGCAGAACCCUCGCCGCAAGGGGCCUUGCUGCCAAGGAGGCGGGCGACGCUGUCUCAGCUGCCCCGUACAGGCCCCGUGCAAGCGUUGCCGCUGGUGUCCACAGCGGUGUCCGUAACGCCGCGUUUUGCAACUCAAGCCUCUGUGUCCGUAGUGUCCUUCCAUGCCAUGAAGACUCGUCCCCUUCAGGAAGCCAAGCGUGCGUUUGUAACAGUCUUGCUGUUUCUGUGUCAGCAGUACGGAUUGAAGACCGGCUUCAACCGGAGUAGCGCAGAUGCAGAGUUGGAGAAAGCGUAUCGUCGGGUCAUCUUGAAGGCGCAUCCAGACAAAGGUGGCUCCAAGGUGGAUUUUGACAAGGUCCACAGUGCGCGAGAGGACUGGCGAAGUGCCAAAAACACCAGCCAUGCUCAACAACCUCCGUGUGGUUUGGAUGUUUGCGUGCGUGAAGCCAAGCAGUAUCGAAUUCGAUCCACUGCUGUCUUGCUGACGUACAUGGGUAUUGGGGUUCGAAGGUGGCAAGCCUUCGUGAACUUUGUUGAGUCUUCUUUGCAGACGUGGCAGGCCUUGUACUGGUGUGCCACAAUGGAAAAAUGCAAAUCCGGCAAGUUCCACAUUCACCUGAUGCUUCAAUUCCGGAGUGCUUCAGAUGUCCGGGUGGUGCAGAACUUCAAAUUCCAGAAGGUCAACCCUAAUGCUGCCUGCAAUGACCUGUGCGGUGAAGGGCUUUGCCGAAAGCGACUGCAAGAGUCCAUCAACAGAGGCUUCUUUUAUGUCUUUGCUGACAAAAUUGGAACAGUUGAAGCAGCUGGAGGUGGUGUAUUGACUGCAGGGAACUAUUUACCAUCUUGGACUGAAUCGUUACUGACCUACCAAGUUUUAGGCAAAUGGCCUGAGACUUUAUGGAAGCAGUACAAAGUCACCGACGCAGUCUAUGAGAGUUACUUGGUCCUCUGCCGCGAUGGAGUUCCAGCUCGCCUCCGGAACCUUCGAACUUGUCAGGAUCUCGCGUCCAAGCGAGCUGCAGAGACUGCCUUGGUCGACCGUGUGAAGCGUGUUCGCAGCAACCCGGAGACUUAUCAUCCUUUCCCUCCGGUGCCAGCAGCCAGUGCUUGGUUGGAGACCUUCAAGAAGGAUGCUUUGCGCUACCCGGUUUUGAUUGUGUUGGGACCAUCGCGAGCGGGCAAAACGGAGUGGGCAAAAAGCCUUUUCCAGUGCCCCUUGGAGCUGAAGAUCGGUUGUCUGACUUUUUUUCCUGAUGGAAUGCGGCGGUUCCAGCGGGGAGUUCACGACGGCCUGGUGUUGGAUGAUGUUCGUGAUCUUCAGUUCGUGGUUGACCACCAAGAGAAGUUGCAGGGCAAGUAUGAUCACCUUGUGGAAUUUGGUUCCACAGCCGGCGGAACUUGCGCCUUCUCCGUAGACAUGUACGGUGUUCCGGUUGCGGUGACCAUCAAUUACUCCACGGCAAAUCUGGAUUAUCUGACAACCCACGACUGGCUCAGCAAGUCCGGAAACCGGGUGAUCGUCCAGCUUCCUGGCGAACAAUGCCCAAACGCCUAA